GCCAUCUAAACUUCCGGUGCCUGCAGCGCAGUAAGAGGCAGCAGCCGCACUGAUCGAGGUUGCACAGGCAGAGGCUACAGGGAGCAGGCGCGGGUCAGCGCAGCCAUGGUGAAGAUCAGUUUCCAGCCCGCAGUGGUGGGCAUCAAGGCCGAUAAGGCCGAAAAGGCAGCAGCCUCUGGCCCGGCCUCGGCAUCUGCCCCGGCUGCGGAGAUCCUGCUGACGCCGGCGAGGGAGAACGCCCCCCCUCGCCACCGCUCCAGGAAAGGGGGCUCUGUGGGUGGUGUGUGCUACCUAUCAAUGGGCAUGGUUGUGCUGCUUAUGGGCCUUGUCUUUGCCUCCGUCUACAUCUACAGAUACUUCUUCCUUGCUCAGCUGGCCCGAGACAACCUCUUUCACUGUGGCGUGCUCUACGAAGACUCCCUGUCCUCCCAGAUCCGGACUCGCAUGGAGCUGGAGGAAGAUGUGAAAAUCUACCUUGAGGAGAACUAUGAACGCAUCAAUGUCCCCGUGCCCCAGUUUGGUGGCGGCGACCCUGCGGACAUUAUCCAUGACUUCCAGCGGGGUCUCACUGCCUACCACGACAUCUCCCUGGACAAGUGCUACGUCAUCGAACUCAACACCACCAUUGUGCUACCCCCUCGGAACUUCUGGGAGCUCCUCAUGAAUGUGAAGAGAGGGACCUACCUCCCACAGACAUACAUCAUCCAGGAGGAGAUGGUAGUGACAGAGCAUGUCAGUGACAAGGAGGCUCUGGGUUCCUUCAUCUACCACCUGUGUAACGGGAAGGACACCUACCGGCUGCGGCGCCGGGCUACCCGGAGGCGGAUCAACAAGCGUGGGGCCAAGAACUGCAAUGCCAUCCGCCACUUUGAGAACACAUUCGUGGUGGAGACGCUCAUCUGUGGGGUGGUGUGAGGCCUCCCCUCCAGGCCCACCCCUGCCCUCUUUCCUUCUGGCCACUCUCUGGCCCUCCUCCUCCCUUUGCUUAGCUUGUACCUUGGGCACUUUUCCAUAGAUGUGACAUGUCUCACCGUCCUUUCCAGCCCCACCCUCCUCCCUGUACCAGGGCUGUGAUCUCUCAAGGGGACCUCUGAGUCUGCUGGUCUUUCAAGUGUGCAGCGGGCGAGAUGGGACAGUCGCCCGAGCUGGUUUCUGUAACCCAUUGUUUUAAGUCGGCUCCCCAGUGGCUGGGCCAAGGGGAAGGACUAAAGGGAGGAGCUGGGCACGUGAAAGCCUGGGUAGGGGCAAGCGCAUGGAUGUAAGGCUUGGCAUGGGGUUCAGACAUAGCCCCCCACUUUGGGGGAAGUCCUGAAAGACUUCUUUUUCUUGCACAGCACACUUCUUCCCUCCUCCUGGUCCUUGGGCCUAAGUGUGGACUAAGGAUGGGGAAAUGUGUCCUGGGUUGAACCCGUCAGAGCACAAGAGGUGGCGGCCAUCAUGGGGUCUCCCCGGGAUCCCUGUCAGUGCCUUCAUCCCACCAGCGGGAGCCUGGUGUUUGACGGUGGGAUGAGUCUGCCAAGCACAGUUCUCUGAGUGGAACCAAAGAGAUGAGGAGUUGGGCCACCCUGGCCUGGCGCCUGGGAACACGGGAGCAAGUGGGCACAGAAGUCAUCGGCCACAGAGCCCCGCCCUGGGCAGUGGGUGGAGCCCAUGCCUUCCUCCAUGCCAGGAAGCUGGAGGGAGAGCCACCUGGUACUUUCGUCCCCGCUGCCUCUUCCGUUCUGGAUCUAUCCCCACCGUCCAGGGGUGUGUGAUGUUUCUCCUCCUCCUUUUGCAUGUUUUUAACUGAUGUUCGUGCUGGCCGUCCUCAGCCCUGAGCCUGGGAGAGGCUUUAGUGCCUCAGGUCAGACUUGGGUUGUCCAUGGCGGUGAAGCUCUCAAAUGCUUUGUAUAUUUUCUCUAUUAGAUCUCUUUUCAGAAGUGUCUGUAGAAAAUUAAAAGAAAAACAAUCUUA